AGUUUCACGGAUAAUCCGUUCAUCUAUCUACCUAUGACGCAGUAUCUAUCGCAGGCCUGACUUUGUUGCCAGAUGUACGGAUCAGUCAAAGCUGCAGAGAUCCGGCAUUUGAGGCUGUUGAUCAGAGUCGAGCGGCCCGCACCAGUUCGUCCGAAGGAUCUGCGUGCACGCUUGUCACGUCUAGUUUGACAGCUCAAACUCUACUCAAGGACUGGAGUCUAAGUCAAACGGCACGAUCGACCUUGAUGGACAGUGGCGAUAUACGUUAGCAGCCAAGGUUGAAGAAACAUGACGGCUUCAAAUCGCAUUUUCUCGUGGGACUUUCCCAUCCUUCUUCUCUGCCCCUCUAUUAAUAUCUUUGACAACCGCAUCCUUCUUCACUGCCGGCAGAUCAGAUCGUCGCUCACAUCAGCUCAAAAAAGCCCGCAAGCAGACAGACCAGAGGCUUGUUUUUGGUCGACCAGCACACCGGCUGAACAAGCGAAUGCACGUAAUAUGAUGCGGCCUGCUCGGGUUGAGGUUAAUCCAGCCGAAUACCUCCUGUCCGUCUCUAGUAUCAAGCUACUUCGGCGGGGGUCGGCGGAUGCCCAUCACUGUGCCGGCUUCUCGGAUCCGGUAUCCUGCCGCAUCUGCUGUUGCAUCGCACCAGCAUGGUACGAACAAGCUGAUCUCACCUUGCUCACCACCUGCGUGCAAUCCAACAUUGCCAACCAACCCCCCAUUCGCCGGCCAAUCCCAUUGGCAAUCAAUACUGCAACAGCAGUGGCCCCCGAAGCACCCCCUGCUCUCAUUGAGGCGGGUAUUGUGCGCAAGGUCGCAUCUUGCCGCCCCCAUUGGCUCUUUUCUCCGGGGGCCGACCAAUUGAACGGCCCCUCUCGAACCCGGCGCUUAGCAUCCCUCGUCACCUCCGCUCCUCAUUUGGACCUCCCCGUUGUGAUGGCGCACCGUCGGUCAACCACAGCACAUGCAGCUCAGCGGCCCUUCACAAGUUCAACCCCCAUUGCUUGCCCUGAGCUUACCCGGCCACCCGCCCGCCUGCUUCCCCCCAUCCCCUCUUUGGACAGUGAAUGGCGAUGAAUGAAUGGAGCAAACGGUCGGAGGCGAAUGGGUUGACCUGCAGAAGGGAGGGAGAUAUGGCCCU